AUGCCACUGCCAACAGGAGUUUACCGAGCCGACCAGGUAGGGUCACUCCUUCGACCGAAAGAAAUCCUCGCGGCUCGUGAAAAAGUCGCAGAUGGAACCCUCACCACCUCCGACCUCCGCCAGCUCGAAGACAAGUACAUUUCAGAGGUCGUGCGCAAACAGCUCCAGGCGGGUCUCCGGUCCAUCACCGACGGCGAGUUUCGACGUGCCUUUUUCCACCUCGAUUUCCUCCAGCACCUGGACGGCGUCGAGGUCCAGGGCAGUCUGUUGUCGACGAACAAGUCCAAGGGCGGGUGGAUGCCGCCCCGGCUCGUGGUGACGGGCAAGCUGGGCCACAGCAAGCCCAUCCAGGUGGACGAUUUCAAGUUCCUCGAGCGCGAGAUCGCCGCGGCGGGGGGCGAGGCGUCUUUCGGGAAGGUCACCCCCAAGGUGGCCAUCCCCAGCCCGACCAUGGUGCACUUUCGCGGCGGGCGGGACACCAUCGACCUCGACGCCUACCCUUCCCUGGACGACUUCUUCGACGACCUGGCCCGCGUGUACCAGGAGGAACUCCAGGACCUGUACGACGCGGGUUGCCGGUUCGUCCAGCUCGACGACACCAACCUCGCCUACCUGUGCGACCCGAAGAUGAGGUCCGAGGCCGAGUCCCGCCACGGGAGCGACGGGAAACAACUCGCCCGCCAGUACGCCAACCUGAUCAACAAGGCCAUCGAGAAGAGACCGAGCGACAUGACCGUUGGUAUUCACCUGUGCCGAGGCAACCACCGGAGCCAGUGGUUCGCUCAGGGAGGGUACGAGCCAGUCGCGGAAGUUUUGUUCAAGGAUCUCAACGUCGACGUGUACUUUUUGGAGUACGACGAUGCCAGGAGCGGCGACUUCAGUCCCCUCAGACACCUGCCGGAGAACAAGGUCGUGGUGUUGGGCGUCAUGACCAGUAAGAAGGGUGACUUGGACGACAAGGACGCCAUGGUGCAGAGACUGACAGAGGCGAGCAAGUACUGCAAGCGCGGAUUGGAUCAGUUGUGCGUCAGUCACCAGUGUGGGUUCAGUAGUACGAUGGAAGGGAACGAGUUGAGCGAGGACCAACAGUGGGAGAAGAUUAGGCUUGAGGUGGAGAUUGCGAAGAAGGUUUGGGGGGAUGACAUCUCGAGAUAGAUGUAACUGAACGAGCAUGACAAUGGAACGGAAGUGCCAGGGUGUGUGUUUGGUUAUGGCUUUGGGAGAGGGUGUGUGGAAAGACGGAUGGGA